AUGACAAAAGUGAGUAAUGACAAAAAUUUUCCCUUAAAAUUUAAAAUUAAAACUGACAUAUCAGAAAUGUCAUCACAUGUAGAUUUAGCCAGAAUGCAGCUGAAAAAUGGAACUGAAGUCACUUUUUUUAUAUUAAUGGGCUUCACGGAUGAUUUUAUGAUGCAAGUCUUGCUAUUUUUAGUGUUUCUUUCGAUCUAUCUCUUUACUCUGAUAGGAAACUUGGGUCUGGUUGUGUUGGUCAUUGGGGAUUCCAGACUCCACAACCCCAUGUACUAUUUUCUGAGUGUUUUGUCAUUUUUGGAUGCCUGCUAUUCCUCAGUUGUCACCCCCAAAAUGUUGGUCAAUUUCCUAUCAGAGGAUAAAGCCAUCUCCUAUUAUGGCUGCGUAGCACAGAUGUUUCUCUUUGUCACAUUUGGGUCCACAGAGUGCUUCCUCCUGGCUGCAAUGGCUUAUGACCGCUAUGUGGCCAUCUACAACCCUCUCCUGUAUACAGUGAGCAUGUCACCCAGAGUCUAUGUGCCACUCAUUGUUGCCUCGUAUUUUGGUGGCAUUUUAAAUGCUUCUGUACAUACAGUAGCUACAUUUAGCCUGACCUUCUGUGAUUCCAAUGAAAUUAAGCAUGUCUUUUGUGACAUCCCUCCACUCCUCGCUAUUUCUUGUUCUGAUACUCACGUCAACCAGCUCCUACUUUUCUACUUUGUGGGAUCCAUUGAGAUAGUGACCAUCCUGAUUGUCCUUAUUUCCUAUGCUUUCAUCCUGGUGGCAAUUCUGAGGAUGCGUUCUGCCGAUGGGAGACGAAAAGUCUUUUCUACAUGUGGCUCUCACCUCACUGGAGUGUCAAUCUAUCAUGGGACAAUCCUUUUCAUGUAUGUGCGACCAAGUUCCAGCUAUGCGUUGGAGCAUGACAUGAUAGUGUCAAUAUUUUACACCAUUGUGAUCCCCAUGCUGAAUCCCAUCAUCUACAGUUUAAGGAACAAAGAUGUAAAAGAAGCAACAAAAAAAGUCUUUGGGAAAAUUUCAUGUAUUAAUAAAAUACACUUUUCAUACUGA